AUGGCGCUUGUUGAGGAAGGGCUGGGUUUCGGAGUUGUGCUCCUGGAUCUCCCUGAUCUCCCUUUCGACCUUCUGACCUCAGUGAUUUGGUGCGUCAUCACCAGCUCGCGGGCCUACUUAAGGUUCUUAACGUAGAAGAGUUUUGCUGCGUCGUUGUUAAAAGUCCUUUAGAGUGAAACAGGCUGGGAUAAGUCUUGGGGCACAGCGGACGCCCGAAGUUGAAAAUUUCUGUAAUUCGAAAUUUGUCUAAAGUCGCAAACGACACGAUGAACAACGCGGUUGGGAAAAAAACGAGAGACAAGGACAAAGCGAGGCAAGACAAACUUUGACUUUCUCUUUUUGAGUGAUUCAGGGCCUGUGGACCGGCCGGCUGAAGUUUUUGUGGGUCUAUCACCCUUUUUAGUGGAAAAGACUUCAUAUGGCCGCAUGAAGCUCUAAAUUUGGUACAAUACGGGCACAAAACUGAGCGAAAGUUUGAUCAGGAUUUUUUGUGAUGUCUCGGGAUGAUGCCUAUUGAUAGAAAUAAACGGUGGCGGUGCUUGGCAAAAAAUGAAGUGAAGAGAAAAAAAUGUAUGAUUCUAAGCAGGGCGCAGUUGCUUGGAAGCGGAUGGAAUGAUGCUUCUACAACAAGAAUGAGUUUUCCAUUUGCGGAGAGUACUGUAUGCGGAUAUGCGCAUUGCGUGCAUACACUUUCGUUGCGUGACGUCACCAGGUCGUACAUCUCCGGGUUUUUGCUUCCGAGUUUUUUUGAAUAUUUUUUUUUGCUUUCUUUCAAGAUUUGCAUUUUCCUCGAUGAUAUUUGCACGAUAAAAAAAACAGUAUCAAAAAAAUGGUAAAAAAAAACUCGGAAACGUACGACUCGGUGACGUCACGCAACGAAAGUGUAAACACGCAAUGCGCAUAUUCGCAUACAGUACUCUCCGCAAAUGCUCGCUCUUGUCAUAGCACCGGAAUGAUCUCCAGAGGUCUGCGGGGUGCAGCAGUUCCCAGAUGGACGGAACCAUGAAGCUACCAGUGAAAGAUCUGAGCUCGUGCGAGCCUGAUCCUUCCCUGGUGGCUUCUUCUUCUGGUGCAGAACACAGAACGGAAUCCAGAAGUCAAGUAGAUUCAUUCCAAAAUAAUGAAAGUUACAGUUACAAAGUUAUGAAAGUGGAGGGAGAGUUACAGUUAGAUCGUUUAAAAUAACUGAGUAGAAGGUGGUAAGAGAUUGUGCAAAAGCGGAGGCUCAGAGAGGGGGAGGGGGAGUUGAGGCUUUUACCGGUCGCUUCUGGUGACGCGGCGAGCGGUAUUAGAAUGCUUUUAGCGUGGGUGCUUUUAGACGCUUUGAUAAGGGGUUUCAACGACGUUUUUUCUAGGACCCGUCGAGAUCAAGAGACUAUUACUUACAAUAAUUUGAAAGCCUCCCUUAGAGCAGUUAGGGGACAAAGUAGGGCUCUAGAAGGGGAAAAUAUAGAUCGUUCCUUUAGUAACUUUGGUCUGACCCCUAACGUAAGCAUACAAAACUCAAGUGACCCCUAUAUUAGUCUCUCAAGCUUUUGUCCGAAAUUUAAAAUUGUUCAGAAUCUUGGAUCUAAGCUGGACCCUAUAGGGGAACCUCCGAAGGAUCCUAUGUUUGCUCCAACCCCUCCCCCCCUCCCCCCAUUUUCCCAAAUAGGAAGUUAUUAUGAUUUAGAAGGAAGAAAUCCCGUUCCCUGAAGAAAAUAAACCGCCGCCGCACGUUGGAACGAGUUACGGGAAGGUCGAAAAGCAAUUUAGCCUCGUUCCCGAAGAUUCCGAGGGUUAUGAAGAAGCUGGAGAAUGUCGUUUGUGUGGAAAGGAGUUCGCCCGGGUAGGUUAUUUAUUUAAAAAAAAUUGAGCAAGUUUGAUAAAAAUUGAACUCGAAGCAACUAACAUGCUUUUUUCUAAUGUAUAGUUUAUUUAAAAGGCCUUUUUAGUGCCGAGAAUAAAGACCUCUUUUAUGUUAUCCAACUAAAGGAAUGAAAAAAAAAUUUGGUUUUUACAAGAAAAAAACUGAAAAGUUGAAAUUUUUGAACUUUUUCACCAUGGAGCGCAAGUGUCGUCGGAAAGUCUACGAAACCGUUUCGUUUCGUUUUUUUAGUUUUUAAAUUCAGCAGUUUUGUUUUUUUGAUUAUUGAAAAGAAAUUUUCUUUGUUUUACUUCUAAUUUGCGAAGAAUUAGGAUAUUCGGACUUUGAAAGUCUAUUUUCGGAUGAUAAGCUUUGAUAACGUCUUUGAUUCUGCAUUCAGCUUUAAUUCUGUGUUUUUUGCUAUAUUUUUCGCUUCUUAUCAGGAAUUUUCGCUAGUUUGGCAAUUGAGAUUACAGAAUUCUUGUAGAGUGAUGUGAUUAUUAGUUGUUUAGAAAAUCCUAAAACUUUUCGAGUAAUUCAUGGAAAAAUAAGGCCGUUUUGAAUAUACUAUUUUGUUUCAGUUAUGGCACCUCGUCCGAUGUGUUGCCUCGCCCAACUGCAACGCCCAUUUCCACACGAAAUGUCUGGCGGCUGAAGGCUUGAGGAAGUUGGGCGAAUUUCCCAAGCAACUUUUCCCGUUGAAAGGAAAAUGUCCCGUGUGCAAUGGGAAUUAUCUCUGGGGCGACGUCAUCAAAGAGCAGAGGAGGAUUAUUUUGGUUUGUAGUUUGUAGUUUUUCAAACAAUUGUGGCUUGAGAAAAAAUCUCGGAGGAUUUAUAUUCUUUUUUUCUGUACAAAGAAUAUUUUUUUGAAUAAAUUUCCGUAGAUUUCAAGGUUUUUUUAAAAUAUAAACUCAAAAAGGUCACAGAUUUUUUUAAAAUCCUUAUACAAUUAUUCGAGAGUUUUUGUGAUAUAUUAUUGGAAAACUAGAAUAUUUUUAGUGAAAAAAAUGUUUCGAAAGUUGGUAAAUUGAAUUUUUUUCGUUAUUUUUCAAGUUUAAACGAUGGAAUAGUCCUAUAUUUGUCCUAUAGCUCUUUUUUUAUUAAAAUCGAGAAAAGCGUUUUUUUCAAACUAAUAAAAGAAACUAUACCUUUUUAAGGGUUUUUUUCUAUCAAUUUCUUAUCAUUUCCGUUGAAUUUUAUUCGCAAAUUACUAUUAAACGUUUUUCAAAACAUUUUUUUCUUGAUUUUUUUCGAUCAAUUUAAGCUUUCAAAACAUUUUUUUCUUGACGCCAUUUUUCAAUGUGAACUCCGCGAAAUUCAAAGUUAUCUUUUUGUUCUCCAAAAUUUAAUUAUCUUUUUCCGCUCUCUGAUGAAAUUUAAACACGGCAUGAACUCGUGAAGCGAAUCAAAAAGAUUAUCCCAAUUUUAUGUUUCAGGUCUCGGCCAAGGCGACCGACGAAUUCAAGAAAAUGGUCGUAAAAAAGAAUUUAGUCGUCGAUUAA